AUGUCUGUUGAAACUGCUUUAUCCUACGCUGCUUUAAUCUUAGCUGACUCCGAAGUUGAAGUCACUUCUGAAAAAUUAUUGACCUUAGUCCAAAAGGCCAAUGUUGAAGUUGAAGGUAUCUGGGCUGACAUUUUCGCCAAGGCUCUUGAAGGUCAAAACUUAAAGGACUUAUUCUUCAACAUUUCUGCUGCUCCAGCUGCUGGUGUUGCUACUGGUGCUGCUGCUGGUGGUGCUGCCGCUGGUUCUGCUGAAGCUGCUGAAGAAGAAGUUGUUGAAGAAGCUAAGGAAGAAUCCGAUGAUGAUAUGGGUUUCGGUUUAUUCGAUUAA